ACUGCGCUCACGCCACAAACUGAUUACAUUCUGUGCCACUGCCUGUCCCUGAAUGAUUUAUCCUUUCAAAAUAAACAAUGUGACAUAGCAAAAUAUUUGCUAGCAGUCUAGCCUGCACAGUAUUCAUAGAGGUGUCACUGCAGAUAAAGGCUAACUGCAAGCCUGUCAGAAAUACAGUCAUAUCACUAUAGCAGCGAUGGCGCCUAAUUCUUAUCAUAACAAUUUCACUUAGCCUAUGUUAAUUAUGAAUCUCUCAAAAUUAACAGGUACUCCAAUGCGACCAUUGUGUGGCUUGACAUCAUGAGGAUAACAUUGGUAGCUUUGAGCAGCAUAGUCUCCCAUCAUGUUGCCAGGGGCAGUACGUCACUUGGUCCCUCUGUGGCUCUCUGCUUUGACUGCUGGCUGGUUACAGUGUGAGGCAGGGCCAGGGAGAUGGCUGCUGGGACAGGUCUUGAGGAGAGCCUACACCUCCACAAGAGCAAGGCAGGCUGCAGCAGGGGACAGUGCCCCUGUGUUUUCCAGAGCCCGAGUGUACAGGGACAAGCUGGCCAUGGUGGACGACAGUGGGAGCCACAGCUACAGGGUGUUGUAUGGCAGUAGUAGGGGCCUGGCUGGGCGUAUCAAGGCAGUUCUGGACUGUCCCUCUGGGGACCUGCAGGGAAAGCGCAUCUCCUUCCUGUGUGCCAACGAUGCCUUGUACACGGUAGCCCAGUGGGCGUCCAUCUGCCCCCACCUACAGCCUCAGCUGUCUUCUGGAAGCCCCAGAGACCCAGCCUGAGCCUGGCAUCACAGACUGGGCCCAGCGUCCUGCCAUGAUCAUUUACACCAGCGGCACCACAGGCAGGCCCAAAGGGGUUCUCCAUACUCACAGCAACAUCCAGGCCAUGGUUCAGGUUCUAGUGUCAGAGUGGGGCUGGUCCAGAGAUGAUGUCAUCCUUCACACCUUUCCCCUGCACCACAUCUAUGGCAUCGUCAACAAGCUGCUCUGACCUCUCUGGGUGGGUGCCACCACCGUCAUGCUGCCUACCUUCCAGCCUCAGAAGGUAUGGGAAGUCCUGCUCAGCUCCAAGGCUCUUAUGGUGAAUGUGUUCAUGGCUGUUCCAACCAUCUACUCCGAGCUGAUCCGGCACUAUGAGCAGCACUUCACCCAGCCACACGACCAGGACUUUGUCAGGGCUGCCUGCAAGGAGAGAAUCAGGCUGAUGGUGUCUGGCUCAUCCGCCCUGCCUCAGCCCACCCUGCUACGCUGGGAGGAGAUCACAGGACACACCCUGUUGGAGUGCUACAGCAUGACAGAGAUAGGCAUGGCCCUGUCCAACCCCCUGGAGGGUCCUCGUAUCCCAGGUGCAGUCGGUGUCCCUCUUCCAGGAGUGGAGGUUUGCAUCGUCAUGACGAAAGCAACCAGCACCACCGUCACCGAGGGCAACAGCAGAGAAACUCAGGUAUUCAGUGCGUUGGAGGGGGAGCUGAUGGUGCGGGGAGACCAGGUCUUCACAGAGUACCUUAACAAACCAGAGGCCACCAGGGAGUCUUUCACUGAGGACGGCUGGUUCAAAACAGGGGACACAGUGGUCUAUACGGAUGGAGUGUACUGGAUCAUGGGCUGCACCUCUGUGGACAUCAUAAAGAGUGGAGGCUAUAGGAUCAGUGCUCUGGAGGUGCAGCGACCCCUGCUAGCCCACCCUGAUACCACAGAUGUGGCUGUGAUUGGUGCUCGGGACGCCACCUGGGGACAGAAGGUGACAGCGGUGGUGCGGAGCAUGACCCUGUCAGAGCUGAAGACCUGGGGCAGGUUACAGGCAAAACAAAGGACAUUAUUGUCACACUAGUUUUAUAGCGCCAUGAAGCAGCAUUAGUAAAAAUAUAAAUAUAUAUAUAUAAAAACAUUAAAACUCCCAAUAAAUGUAGUGGUAUUUAUUUCAAAACCACUACAUAGAGGUGCUUAUAAAUCGUAGAUCUACUGUAUAUUACAUUUGUUGGUAUGUCUGCUAGCUAGCUGUGCUUUGUCAUGCUGCUCCAUUCCAUCAACCAUUUGGUGUUCAUGGUUCUGUGGCUUUACUAUUUGGGAACAUGCGAAAACCUUAAAUUGUGUGUUUUUGAAAAUAGAAUUUUGUCCAUGGCAUUUAUUGAAUUAGAGGAAGACUUCACUGCUCAGUCCCCCGGGGAGUCAUCCAGACUUGUUUAUAGUAACUGCUGCUGAAGCCUCAAAAUCAAUAGCAACCUAACUACUGGAGAGAGAGAGAGAGAGGCCACUCUCAUUUAACUGAAGGGGCCAAGGGCAGAUGUGGACUGAUGAAGGGAGCUGAGGAGAGAAUAGAGAGAGGGAGGAUGAAGAAAGGAGGGAUGAUGAUGGAGGUCUGUCAGGCAGGCAAGCCAUUGCUGUUUCGGUCUUGGCUUCUUUUUUGUUCUAAAUGUCACUGGUUUUAUUUUGCCCCCCAACACUGGCAGAAGACACAUGUCCCUUUCUGUGGAAUGGCUCAGGCCAUCUCUCUCCCUCCUUGUGCCCCCCCCCUCUCUUACUCGCUGUCUGUAUUCUUUCUUUCUGUCUAUCUCCCUCCAUCUGUCUUUGUCUUUCUCUCUAUCACUCUCUGCCCACCCCGUGUGUGUGUGUGUGUGUGUGUGUGUUUGUGCGGGUGCGUGUCUGUUUGUGCUGCGGGCUCCAUAUGGUGUGGGGGUGUGCCGGCCCUACUGCUGUGCCCUGCUGGUCCUGCAUGGUGGAUUAGCAGCGCUGCCUGUCUGCCAAUGACCCUGUCACCCCCCACCCACAGGUGCUGCCUGCGGACGGGCAAGCACAGGGCCAAAGCAGGGCCAGCCAGGGUGAAGGAGAUGGAGAGGAUGAACAGAGAGGGAGGUGGAGAAGGGGGGGGCAAACAAGUGCAUGGAUGCUCACUCCUCAGUGCCCCGGCUUCAGCUGUCACCCUGUAUCUGUGUCAAGCGCUGUGUUCACUAGCUGUGCUCACUAGCUAGUGCAGACACACACAAACACUAACAUACACACACAUACAUACAUACAUACAUACAUACAUACAUACAUACAUACAUACAUACAUACAUACAUACAUACAUACAUACAUACAUACAUACACACACAACAGGCAGAGCCUCUGAGACAUGGGUGUGUGAACAAGCCCCAUUAGAGACACACACACACACACACACACACACAGUUGUCUGACACAGCCAUGCAGCCACAUGUAUA